CAUAAGCAUCUCACAAUUAACCAAGAAUUCUCUUUCUAUUCAUUCUAAGCACCCACAACUUAUUCUUUGAAACUAAAAUGGCCAAUAUUAAGGCUAUCUCUUUGCUUUUGGCUUUCCUGGUCGUUUCCAUGCUUGCCGCUGAGGUUUUUGCUGGAGUCAACUAUUACGGAAAUAACAGUUUGAAACCUUAUCAAUGCCAAGGACGUUGUACGCAAAGGUGUUCAAAGGCUAGAAAAACCCAUGAAUGUAUGUUCUUUUGUUUGAAGUGUUGCCGAACAUGCCUUUGCGUUCCACCAGGUACCUAUGGACACAAAGAACUCUGCCCUUGCUACAACAACUGGAAGACCAAGAGAGGAACUUCCAAGUGCCCUUAAUUGCAUUUAGAGACGGAAUAAAACUCUAACAUUAUGUGUUACACUGUACUUAUCUAUUUUCUAUAUUAUGCUUACAAUUAUGAAAUAGUACUAAGUUUUUUAAUUGUGAUUUUAAAUUGUACUUUAAAUUGUUGUUACUUAAUUGGCUAAUCAUCUUGCCGCUUCACUGAGGGGUUUAAACACUUGUGGUAAACCCCAUA